AAAUAACGUGUGACAGCAACAACUUUCGUUGAAAAUGAACUCAUUCCGUUCGAUAGUUCGUUCUUAAAGGUUUGCGUUUUAACGUUGGAGGUGGAACUCAUGCCUCAGAUCGUGCAAAUCGCCAUCAAACAGAAAAGAACCGUAGGCUACUACUUCUCGGGAAACCGUGCGUUGUUCACUUUAGUAUAUCGCUAACUAUCGCGCUGUUUUGUGUGUUAAUUCUAAAAAAAAUAAAAACAAACUAAUAAAAAACUAAAAAAAAGCGACUUGGUACACAAGUAUUUUUUUGAUUGAAAUGGGUAAUAAAUUGUGUAAAAAGAAGAAUGAAGUUGAUGGUAAUCAUCCAAAAUCAACACCAUUUAUACGGAUAAUGAGUCGAUUUCAUUUAAAACCGAGAUGGAAAUCAGAUUCCCAUUUAGAACGGAAGCAUGUAAACAGGUAUGAAGUUCCUCCGUUAAACGGGACUCUUCCUCAAAAUCAACAAAAAUCGAUAUCAAAAACAAUAUCAAAGUCGUCAGAUUGGACUGAAGUUUCUUUGGAAGUUCCUGAUGAUGAAGUUGAGAUGAAAAAUUCGAAAUUAGUCUUUUCAAGUGAUAGCACUGAUGGAACCCCUUUGCCGCCGCCACGAAAACAUAAAAAAGGGUUCAAAGAAAGAAUUGAAUCUGUUGCAAAAAGUGGUCUUCAAGCUUUACAAAAGAAACCUGUCGAAGAACCACUUUGUGUGAAAAAAAUUAUAAAUUAUAGCUGCCCAACUGACGAAGAACACGAAAGGACUCAUAAUCGUGAUCACAAAUUACUUCCCCGAAUUGCAACACCAAAAAUAAAUCAUAAAACCACUCGAGACAGAGAAGCUAAAAGAAAAAAGAAUCUCUCAGUCGUUUCUUUACCAAAUUAUACAGAUUUGAAAUUUAGCGUUGCAAGUAAUGGCGAAAACAUUGAUGUUGAAUUACGAAAAUCUGUUCAUUCUUUACCCGGAGAAACAAAAAAAUUAUCCACAUUUACAGAAAAGAAAGAUUACAUAACAAGAUGUCGAAGUUUUGGUUCUUCUCUACCACAAUUACUCCUUCAUAAAUUAACAAAUAACAAGGCACCUUUAGCCGAAAUAGAAAGUGACGAUUCUUUCGGGGGAUUAGAAGAUUGGGAUUUAAAAAUCAUCGAACAUUACAAUCCUAAAGAUUCAAGCUUACCGAGAAAUUCAAAGCCUAUUAAAUCUGAAGCUGAAAUUUUAAACGAUUUAGAAAGUUUAAUCAUUAACGAGGAAGAUAUCGAAAAUAUUAAACCAAAACCGAAACCUCCAGUGAGAAGAUCUGAAUCUUUAGUGAAAAAAAUUAACAAAACUGCCGUUGAAGUUGCUAGAAAAGUUUCAAAUACAUCAAAUGUUAAAAAUGGCACACCACCACCAACGCCUGAUGAGAAAAGUGUCGAGGAGACGAUUCAAAUUUCUUUUGAAAAUCUUCCUACUCAAGAUGAACAAGGAAACGUUGAACAUUCAAGUUUAUUAAAAAUUUUGCAAGAUUUUAGCAUAAAAGAUGCACAAGAGAAACAAAAAAAUGAAAAUAAUAACAUAAAAGAAACUGAAACAAGGAAAAAUAUCAAAAAUAUUAAAAAUCAAGAUGUUAAUACUAAUAUGCACAUUCAAAGUGGAAGAAAACACAAUUCAUUUGAGGUAACCAACUUUUUGGAUGCUGAAAGAAAUCAUUUAACGUUUGAGAAUAACAAUAGAAUGAAAGUUGUUGAUAUUCAGUCUUAAGUAGAUCUUUUUUUAUAUCAAGGUCGGAACAUAAAAAAAAUUAAUCCGGCUUUGUUUAAUAUACUAAUAAUAAUACUUUACUUAAGAUACAAUUUAUUAAUGUAAAUAAAUAAUGUUUUCGCUUUGAUUUGUUAAAAUGAAUGUUAAAACUAUAGGAUUAUUAUCGCUGGGGUUUCAUGACGUGAUGUUUUUAUACGAUGACGUUCGAAAUCCAAUUUUGAAACCGACCAUUUUCAGCCGGUAAAUUUAUCCAAGUCGACAUGAAUAAUGGAUUUAUUGUUUGAUUUAUUUAGCGUGGCCCGAGCCCGACAAGUUUGUACAUAUAUUUCGUGUAAUUGUAAAUACGCGCGUUUCGUUUGUUGUUGCGCGCAGAUAAAUUUGUUUUUAUAAAUAAUAAUUUUCGAUAUACACAUUUUUCGCUAUACCUACAUAAUAUGAUCUGUACGAUAGCACACGCAAACACGUUUGUUCCUUCCAUAUCCGCCAGGAAAAUGCAAUAAACUGUAGAUAAUGUAUGUUUUAUAGUGUGUAGAUGUAAUGAUUCGUAUAGAAUAAAAUUAUUAUUGUAUCUUCGUACGACUCGCGAAAUCAAAUCGUAUUUUCGAAUAAUAUAUUAUUUACUUUUAUGUGUAUCUAUAAUAAAUAUGGAAUCGAUGGAUAUUUUG